GAUAACAUAGCUGAAAGCCAAAAGAGUUAUGGGAUUCCAAAGUGGAGAGCAAGCUAACAAUCUGCUUAAAGCUCAGUGCCACAUAUGGAAUCAUAUGUAUAGUUUUGUGAACACUAUAUCCCUUAAAUGUGCCGUUGACUUAGACAUAUUUGAAACCAUACACAAACAUGGCAGACCCAUGUCACUCUCACAACUCAUUGCUUCAUUGCAAAUUCACCCUUCAAAAUCCACCUUCAUCCCUCGCUUGAUGAGAAUCUUGACACAUUCUGACUUCUUCGCAACGACAAAUGUGGCCGAUAACAAUAAUGAGAUCGAAAUUGGGUAUGUUCUAACUGAUUCGUCUAUGUUGUUACUUAAGGAACACCCCUUAAGUAUAAGGACUUUCUUUGUUAACUCGCUUGAUCCAAUUUUGACAAAUCCAUGGAACAAGUUGUCAACAUGGUACAAAAAUGAAGAUCCUACGCCGUUUGAAACAGAGCAUGGGAUAAUGGUAUGGGAGUAUGGUGGGCGUGAACCUAGGCUCAAUCAUUUGAUCAAUGAUGCCAUGGCAAGUGAUGCUAGAUUCAUUAGCGAAAUGGUGAUUGAGAAGUGCAAAGGUGUGUUUGAGGGAUUGGAAUCAUUGGUUGAUGUUGGUGGAGGCAAUGGAACUCUUGCAAAGGCCAUUGCCAAAUCAUUCCCACAGUUGGAGUGCACUGUGCUUGAUCAACCACAUGUUGUUGCUGACUUGGAAGGAAGUGACAACCUUAAAUAUGUUGGAGGGAACAUGUUUGAGGCCAUUCCUCCUGCUGAUGCUGUUUUGAUGAAGGGGAUUUUGCAUGACUGGAAUGAUAAAGAAUGCAUUAACAUAUUGAAGAAAAGCAAUGAAGCAAUUUUGAGCAAAGGCAAAGAAGGGAAAUUGAUCAUUAUAGACAUGGUAGUUCAGGAAGAUGAGAAGAAAGAUCCUGAAUUAGUGGAAACACAACUCUUCUUUGACUUGCUCAUGUUGGUUAUGGCUGCCGGAAAGGAGAGAAGUGAAAAAGAAUGGGCCAAGUUGUUCUUCUCUGCCGGAUUCAGUGACUAUAAGAUAAUUCCAGUUUUAGGUAUGAGGUCUGUUAUUGAGGUCUACCCAUAAUAACUCAUUUUUGAAAAGGAAAAAAUUGCAAAUGAUUUUUAUUAUAAACAUUGAUUUAUGUGUUGUUUUUAGACUCUAAAUCUUUGAAAUGUCAAAUUCAAUUACUUAAAGUUUUCUCAAUUAUAAAAUAAAGGCCUUUUUGUUUUUUUCCCCUCAAAGUUUAUCCUUAAUUUCCAUUAAUAAAUGAUCUAUAAUAAAUAAAACACUAGGAAAGGGGUAAUUUUCAAAAGAAGCAAUCAGAAGAAUUGUUCUUUUUAUACAUACCGUUGACAAUUUCAACAUGUGAAAUUGUACAUUUAAAGAACUAUAAUCCAAUUUGCACAUAAGACAAAGUUCAUGUGAAUCAUUUGCAACUUUUCCUUUUCAAAAAUGUUAGCAUGAACGAGAUGGAACCAGGAGUCUGUUUACUGAUGGCUACAUACAGAUUUGAACUUUGUAAUAAUAAAGUUAUUCUUGUAUGAUU